GCUGGAGUAUCACAGCAGCCAACAACAAGGAAAUGAGUCGCCUGGAGGUUUUCACAGAAGUUCUGAGGUUCCUGAAGGACGAUGCUCUGAAAACCAUCAAACACCAUCCAGCAGGAGGAGAGAUCUCAGCCUCUGACUUCACCUGGGUGCUGACUGUUCCUGACAGCUUGAAGGAUCUUACUAAACGGCUCAUGACAGAAGCUGCUGUUCUGGCAGGUCUUGUAGGAGAAGACACUAAAGACAAACUGGUGUUUGCUCUGGAAUCAGCAGCAGCUUUGGCCUGGUGUUUGAAGCCUCCACCUGAUGGCUUCAUCACACAGAACCACAGCAGAACCUCCCAGGAUCAACCUCCAGAACCAGCAGGCGCUGGUACCAGCUGUAACGAUCCAGCAGGAGGUCCAGAACCAGGAGAAUCCAGAGUUCUGCUGGAGAACCAGAACCAAGAUCAGGUGGCAGUUCACUUUAAGAAGGAACCAGGAGGAACCAAAGUUCUGCUGGAGACCAGAAACCCAGACAGGAAACGGUACCUUGUUGUCGACUGUGCAGAUAAAACUGUUCGUUUCACUGUUCAUGAAGUCCUGGAAGGAGGAGCCUUGAAGAAGCUGGACAAGGAAUUUAGACUGUAUCUGGGAAUGGAAAAAUUCUAUGUGUUCCUCGGAGAAAUUUUCUCUGAAGUCUGGAUAGAAUAUGAACUAAACUUCCCCAGAGAGCUGAUGAUAAACACUAAAGCCAUGAUGGAGCCCAGAAGCAAGCGGUCCAUCUAG